AUGUCUGGUGCAGGGGUGGCGUGUUUGCGUUUGAGAGAAAGGGGCAAGAAGCAGCUGGCAAAUAGUGCGUAUCCAAUGGCCAUGCCGGGAUUUGAACUUCGGACGCCUGACAAGCGAGUCGAGCGUGUUAUCACCACUCCAUCAGCGCAUGUUGGAUGCAUCCGAAUUUUGAAAUAUGAAGAGAUCAGUGCGCUCACAUCUGAGCGACGUGACUGGUUUGCCGACAGUAUUGGUAUUUCAGCGGGAUUUUUUCUAAAAUCACGACGCACAAGCAAUGGGAAAUUUCAUGAAGUGCAUGUAGCAGUGCUCCGCAGGGGCAAACGGUCUGGAAGAAGUGGUCCUUCAAAACUUCACGAAACAGGGCUUUGGCAGGAUGUUUAUGUUCCUAACACUCGGCACUGGGGACGCAAAACACGCCCUUUACGACAUGCGGAUGUUAGUGAGUCUGUUCCAUCUGACCCUCUCCAAGCAGGUCAUCAGCGAAAGCGCUGA